AGCAGGGAAGAAGUUUGGACAACAACUCGGUGAGGGCGGUCGCAGGAUCUCUGCCCCGAUCGAGAACCAGUCAGCCGAGGUUGAUCCCAAUUCUAAACGAGGGAACGCCUGCAAGAUAAUCAUUGUUUUCAUCGAAAUCGGUUCUUGCUGUAACUGAGUACAAUUUUCUUCCCGAACGAAGUUUGAGAAAGGUGGAAAAAAAUAGCAGCAACUGAGAAGAGAUAGAUAGAGAGAGAGGCGGAAUGGGGGUUAUGUCCAGGCGGGUGCUGCCCGUCUGCGGUAGUAUUUGUUGCUUCUGUCCAGCUUUGAGGGCCAGAUCCCGGCAACCUGUGAAGAGAUACAAAAAGCUUAUUUCCGAUAUCUUUCCUCGCUCCCAGAUUACAGAUAAUCUAGAGCAAAGAUUUUACAAAGAACUACGCAAUGAACGGUUUCAUUUUGCGAAAGCUGUGCCUUGCGUUUACAGCAAAUUGUUAGCUUCAUGUAAGGGGCAGAUGCCGUUGUUUGCUACAAGUACGCUCUGUAUCAUACGCACUCUUCUUGAUCAAACCAGACAAGAUGAUAUGAGAAUCCUUGGUUGUCUUACUCUUGUUGACUUUCUCAAUAACCAGGUUGAUAGCACGUAUAUGUUCAACAUAGAGAGUCUUAUUCCAAAACUUUGUCAGCUUUGUCAAGAAGUCGGAGGUGAUAAGGGCCUUCUCUUGAGGUCAGCAGCAUUACAGGCUCUUUCUUCCAUGGUUCGCUUCAUGGGUGAUUACUCUCAUAUAUCCUUGGAGUUUGAUAAGAUAGUCUCAGUGACUUUGGAAAAUUAUGAGGUUCUGGUGGAUUUAGAAAAUGGGAAUCAGAAUUUGCAAAACUUGCAACCACAAUGUAUCCAGCCCCAAUCUACUAUCAUGAAAGGAGGGCAGUUAUCAUCCUUCAGGGAUUCGCUGAAGAAGGUCCCAUCAUUCCGUCUGAAGAAUAAAGCAGAUUGUGCUGCCUUACUCAGCGAUGUUUCUCGAAGCCCUUCAUAUUGGUCAAGGGUUUGUUUGCAAAACAUGGUUAACCUUGCCAAAGAAGCAACUACAAUGCGGCGAAUUUUGGAACCCAUUUUUUGUAUUUUUGAUGAGGGAAAUUAUUGGUCUCCUGAUAAAGGAAUCGCAAUUUCUGUUCUGUCUUUUGUUCAGGAAUUGAUGGAAAAAUCAGGACAAAACAAUCAUUUACUGCUGUCUAUGGUCAAGCACUUGGAUCACAGGAAUGUUGCAAAGCGGAUUGACUUGCAGGUUAACAUUAGCAAGAUUGUCACACGGAUAGCACAACAAGCACAAUUGGAAGCUUCAGUAUCUAUUAUUAAUGCAAUAGGUGACCUGAUGAGACAUUUGCGUAAAUGUUUGCAAUGUUCUAUCGAAGCAUUUAAUGUUGGAAGGGAAACCAAUGAAUGGAAUUCUAUCUUUCAUUCUUCUUUGGAAGUUUGUCUCGUGGAGCUGACAAAGAAGGUAGGAGACGUCGGACUUAUCCUUGAUAUGAUGGCUGUUAUGCUGGAGAACCUUCCUACUUCUACCAUGGCCAGAACAACUAUGUCUUCUGUUUUCAGAUCUGCACAAAUGGCAGCCUCCAUCCCAAAUUUGUCCUGUAAAAACAAGGCUUUCCCAGAAGCUCUAUUUCACCAGCUUCUCCUGGCAAUGACACACCCAGAUCACGAAAUAAGAGUUGGCUCCCAUCGAAUUUUCUCUGUGAUUAUCUUACAUUCAAAUGUUUAUCCUUGGUCUACUCCUCUCAUCUCAGCUUCAAAUGAAGCUUAUGGUCGGAGGCAAACUCUUUUGGUAGCUCUUUCUGGGUUUGCAUCUGUUGAGACUAUUUUGGAGGAGCUUAGAAAGGAAGACUGUUCUAUGGAAAAUGAAUCUACAGAACAAAAUCUUAAAUUUGCUGAUGAAGCAGAAGGUACUAGUGUGGAAGAAGCCGAGCAUGAAGAUAUCAAGCGGUGUGUGGUCUGCCCAGCUCCAGCUAUGCUGCAUAGCAUAGAGCUCUCCCUACCUUGCCUAUCUUCUGAUGGCACAUCUGAAUUGACAUCUGUAAGUUUGAGUGGUUACCAGGUGGGUCUUCUUCUGUCUUCAGUUUGGGCUCAGGCAUCCUUUCAAGAUAACACCCCAAGCAAUUAUGAGGGAAUGGCACAUACAUAUAAUCUAGCUUUAUUGCUUUCCCAAACCAAAUCAUCUGGUCAUCUGACUCUAGCCCGAGCUUUCCAGCUGGCAUUUUCUCUAAGGAGCAUCUCUCGAGACGGUGAAAAUCAUUUGCAGCCAUCUCAUAGAAGGUCUCUGUAUACAUUAUCGUCAUCCAUGCUUAUCUUGUCUGCAAAAGCAGGAGAUCUUCCUUAUUUAGUUGCUUCUAUUGAAGCACAUAUCGCCUGUGAAAUGGUUGAUCCUUACCUUCAUCUGGUUGAUGAUGGCAAACUUCUGGCAAUUUGUGUAAAAUAUCCUUCUAGUAAAGUAAUCUAUGGGUCUGAAGAAGAUAAGAUUGCUGCUUUGAAGUUCUUAGAGACUAUUAAGAGUAAUGACGAUCAACUAAGAGAAAUCAUUGCAUCUCAUUUAAUGAAGAAGUAUAAAAGAUUACCUGAGCAAGAGUUAAUGAGCAUUAAAGGGCAGCUCAGGCGUGAAUUUUCAUCCGAUGAUGUCUUUCCUAUUGGAACUCCAGUUUUCAUGGAUACACCCAAUGCUUCUUCUCCAUUUGAUGGAAAGGAAAAUGAAACUUUUGAUGAGGUUGUGGUUCCUGCUAUCUUAGAAGGUGGAGAACCAUUUUUUGAAACAUAUAAAGAUCACUCAGACCAGAAGAUAUCAGAAUCUAAAAAUUCAGUAGAUGUUCUUAAUGUCAACCAACUGAUAGAAUCAGUUCUUGAGACUGCCCAGCAGGCGGCUACACCUCCAGCCCUCACCUCCAGUGUUCCAUAUGAGGAGAUGAAGAGCCAGUGUGAAGCACUUGUUAUUGGAAAGCAACGGAAGAUGUCAGUUCUCCAAAGCUUCAAGAGUCAGAGGGGAGACUCUGAAGAUAAUAAGAAUCACCUAUCAACCAAACUCUUGCAAACCCUGCAACUCGCUGAGGCGAACCGUAUAUCAUUUGAAGACAUUAACGGUUCAAAUACAAAAUCCAUGGAGGCUGAGCAGCCAUUUAGGCUGCCACCCUCAAGUCCAUAUGACAAGUUCUUAAAAGCUGCAGGAUGGUGAGAAUAUAUACUAAAAUGGAUAUCUGGCUCUAAUUAUUUAGAACAAAGCUAAAAAAUGGAAAUGGUCAGAUCUGCUUGGGGCGGCAUUCUAUUCAUUCUUAUUAUUUUCAUUGCUGUUAUUACAAAGUAUAUUUUAAGUAUAUUUUAAUAGGAUGAUUAUACAGUUUGUAUAAGUUUCUGAGAGGUAAAUAAGAACUUUGUUUGAGGGUGUUGAUUUUAUUCCUUUUUUACUUGUAGGAUUAUCAGUUGAUCAGAUAGAACAGAAAUGUUGUAGCUUUUUCGGUGAUAGCUAAUGAUUUGAAUUCCUUGAAA